AUGCUGUGUACUUCCAGCCCACAUCACCACGCACUAGGUCCAAGCUUAGAAUAUACUUGGUUCUCUGUACGUCUGUCUAUCCCAGGUCCAAGCUUAGAAUAUACUUGGUUCUCUGUACGUCCGUCUAUCCCAGGUCCAAGCUUAGAAUAUACUUGGUUCUCUGUACGUCUAUCUAUCCCAGGUCCAAGCUUAGAAUAUACUUGGUUCUCUGUACGUCUGUCUAUCCCAGGUCCAAGCUUAGAAUAUACUUGGUUCUCUGUACGUCUGUCUAUCCCAGGUCCAAGCUUAGAAUAUACUUGGUUCUCUGUACGUCUGUCUAUCCCAGGUCCAAGCUUAGAAUAUACUUGGUUCUCUGUACGUAUGUCUAUCCCAGGUCCAAGCUUAGAAUAUACUUGGUUCUCUGUACGUCUGUCUAUCCCAGGUCCAAGCUUAGAAUAUACUUGGUUCUCUGUACGUCUGUCUAUCCCAGGUCCAAGCUUAGAAUAUACUUGGUUCUCUGUACGUCUGUCUAUCCCAGGUCCAAGCUUAGAAUAUACUUGGUUCUCUGUACGUCUGUCUAUCCCAGGUCCAUAG